AUGACGAAGUACGGCGAGAAAGGAAAGGGCUCCGGAGGCUCAGCGGAGGACGAGGCCACGCCCCAGGACGGCGGCUCCGUGGUCGUCCACCGGAGCGGCAGAGAUCAUAAUCUCCAGUCCACCCAAUUCCCCAUGCUCACCCGCUCCAACUACGGCGAAUGGUCCAUCCUCAUGAAGAAGACCGCCAAGGACGCCUGGGACGCGCUGAAGUCCAUGCGAAUGGGGUCAGCGGCGGUCCGCGAGGUGAGGGCGCAAGGACUCUGUAAGGAGUUCGAAGCGUUUGGCUUUCGCUCCGGUGAGACGAUCGACGACCGCAUCAUGCGCCUCACCACGCUCGUCGGCAAGAUGGCGGAUCAAGGCGAGGUGGUCACGGAGGGCAAGAUGGUGCGCAAAUUCCUGCGCGCCGUCCCACGCCAGUUCGCCCUGGUCGCGUACACCAUGGAUACGACCAUCGACCUCGACACCACGUCGAUCGAAGAUAUUGCAGGUCGCCUGAAGGGUGCCGAGGAGCGCCUGGCACAAGAUGGCGAAGGGGGCGCCGGCAGCCAGCUUCUGCUCACUGAGGCAGAAUGGCGUGCCCGGUCCAAAUGCCACGACGACGACGGAUCCGGCAGUAGCGGCGGCAGCAAAUCGCGCGGUGGCAGGAAGCGCGGCAAGGGGAAAGCCGCGGCCAAACCUGCCCCUCCUGCCGCGGCAGGAGACGAGCCGGCCAAGGAUCAAUACCGUUACUGCGGUAAACUCGGGCACUGGGCCUGUGACUGCAGGAAGAAGAAGAAGGACGAGGCCCAGCUCGUCCAGCAUGCCGGCGGCGACGACGACGAACCAACGCUGCUGAUGGCGACUGCGGCGAUCUCGUUGCCGGAAGCCCAGCACGUCGCCGGCCAAGUCUUCCUCAACGAGGAGUGCGCGGAGGCUCACCUUCGGCGUGGCAGCGAGAACUGCAACGGCAAGUGGUACCUUGACUCAGGCGCGUCGAACCACAUGUCUGGCGAUCGUGCUGCGUUCGCCGACCUCGACGAGAACGCCCACGGCAAGGUGAAGUUUGGCGAUGGCUCCCUGGUGGAUAUCUGCGGGAAGGGCUCGGUGCUUUUCUCAAUUCGCUCCGGCGAGCACCAUGCCCUGACCGAGGUGCACUACAUCCCUCGCCUGCGGACCAGCAUCGUCAACCUCGGGCAGCUUGACGAGAAUGACUGCGACAUGCGCAUCUAUCGCGGGGUGAUGACCCUGCGCGACCGCCGGAACCAUCUUCUUGCCGAGAAGGCCAAGUACCGCGCGACAGAGCCCCUGGAGCUCGUUCACGCGGACCUAUGUGGCCCGAUCGCCCCGGCGACACCACACGGGAACAAGUACUUCAUGCUCCUCGUCGACGACUACAGUCAGCACAUGUGGCUCGUCCUUCUCCCAGCGAAGGAUGCGGCCGUGCCGGCGAUCAAGCAGUACCAGGCGGCGGCCGAGGUGCAGUCCGGCAAGGCGCUCCGCACGUUCCGAACCGAUCGAGGGGGAGAGUUCACAUCGAACGAUAUCUCCAUGUACUUCGCCGACAACGGCGUGCAGCGGCACCUCACCGCGCCGUAUUCUCCACAGCAGAACGGAGUCGUGGAGCGCCGCAACCAAACCAUCGUCGCCAUGGCAAGGAGCAUGAUGAAGGCCAAGAACGUGCCGGCCAAGUUUUGGGGCGAGGCGGUGUCGACUACGGUCUACAUCCUGAACCGCUCAUUCACCCACAGCCUCGAUGGGAUGACGCCACACGAGGCCUGGCACGGCGCGAAGCCGGACAUCCACUACCUGCGCACCUUCGGCUGCGUCGCUCAUGUUAAGGUAACUCGGCCAAAUCUGAAGAAACUUGAUGAUAGAUCUGUGCCGAUGGUGUUCCUAGGGUACGAGUUGGGCUCCAAAGCCUACCGCUACUACGACCCGACGACCCAGUGA